AUGGCCUCCCUCCACUUUCCUGCCGGGUUUUCUUUCACAUGUUCCUACAGUCGAGAGCAAAAGCUACGCAUCAAAGUCGGUGCAUUUUCUAGAAUAAGUACUGCCAAGGUUAGUGGAAAGAUCCCAAGGACUGCUAUUUGCAAAUACAGAAGGAUGGUUUCAGCUGAAUCAUUGGCAGAACUUGGCUCUAUCACCAAGACACGAACACGACAAAAUAUCCCAACCAAGAAGCAGUUGAUUGAUUCAUUUCGCCGGGGAAUAAUCGUCGAAGGAGGUGUUGGAUACAGACAGACUGUUGUUAUAAGGUCAUGUGAAAUUGGUGCUGAUAAAACUGCUACAUUGGAGAGCCUCCUUAAUCUACUUCAGGAAACAGCGCUGAAUCAUGUGUGGAUUUCAGGACUUCUCGGCGAUGGAUUUGGUGCCACACAUGGGAUGAUUAGGAAUAAUCUCAUUUGGGUGGUAACUAGGAUGCAACUUCAAGUUGAUCAGUACCCAACCUGGGGUGAAGUGGUGGAGGUUGACACAUGGGUCGGGGCAUCAGGGAAAAAUGGAAUGCGAAGAGACUGGCUUAUCCGAAGUCAUGUCACUGGACUAGUAUAUGUCCGUGCAACGAGCACCUGGGUGAUGAUGAACCAAAAAACAAGACGUCUCUCCAAAAUGCCAGAAGAAGUUAGAGCUGAGAUCUCACCUUGGUUUAUCGAGAAGAAUGCAAUCCAAGAAAAUACUCCUGAAACUAUCAAAAAACUAGACAACACCGUAAAGUACAUAAACAGCAAACUGAAGCCCAAGCGGACUGACCUGGACAUGAACAAUCACGUCAAUAAUGUUAAGUACGUGAACUGGAUGCUUGAGGCCAUCCCCGAAAUUUUUCUCGAGGGCUACCAAUUGUUCAGUAUGACACUGGAGUAUAGAAGAGAAUGUGGAAGCUCAGAUACAGUUCAAUCUCUGUGUCAACCUGAUGAAGAUGGAGCAUUUCAGGAUGAAGUUCAAGACGAUAAUGGUAAAACUCACAAGGAGCAAUCACAGGUAUCAGAGUUGGAAGGAGAUGCAUCCUCUAGCGGAUCCCCGUUAAGCUUUACACAUCUCCUCCAAAUGACAGGUGACUCCAAAACUGAUGAGAUUGUGAGAGGAAGAACCACAUGGAAAAGAAAGCCUUGGCUAUUCCACUGAGAUAC